GCGGCGCCUAAUCCUGCGGCCGCGUUUGUCCUGCACUCGCCAACAGCGGGGAGGGAGGCGCGGUGGUCGCGCGCCCUGCCUCUGGGACUGGGCGCCACCCCCGAGACCCCGGAACGCCGCUGCCGGUGACCCCAGCCCAGCCCUUGCGGCGGAGUGCUUUGGGAAGCGGGUUGCUGGAGCCUGGCGGGUGUAGAGGAUCGAGCUGCAAGGAGCCAGUCAGUUUCUCCUGGACGGAGGCGGGAGCAAAAUCUGCUUGUCGGGGAAUUAGCGCGGCCAGAUGGUCAGGGCCCGGCGCGCCGCCCGCGCCCCUUGGGCACGGCCUGUCGCCGUGCACGGAACCGAAACGAAACCAGGCUGACCGGCCCGCAAUGAAUGGGGCUUGGGGGUGCGGCAUGCGUCUUCAGAGUUGCUGGCUCAGGGCAGUGCCUGCGCGGUGCAGCCGGGCGGGCCUGGCUCUUCAGGAAGGACUCAACCAGCAUGCACAUCUGCUUUCUCCUGCCUCUUUGGACCCUGAUGUCGCCUCAACAGCCCCUACAAUUGGCAGGCAGUAUGCCACCUAGCCACAGCCACCAUGCCCAACUCGGUACUGUGGACCGUGGACCUCUUCGGGCGGGUGUACACGCUGUCCACGGCAGGGCAGUACUGGGAACUCUGCAAGGACCCCCAGCUGGAGUUCAAGCGGGUCAGCGCGGCCACGCAGUGCUGCUGGGGCAUCGCCUGCGACAACCAGAUCUACGUGUACGUGUGCUCCAGUGACCUCCCCAUCCGCCACCGGGAGGAGGCCUAUGAGAAUCAGCGUUGGAACCCUGUGGGUGGCUUCUGCGAGAAGCUCCUACCCAGUGACCGCUGGCCAUGGAGUGACGUGACUGGGCUCCAGCACCGGCCGCUGGACAGGGUGGCGCUGCCCUCACUGCACUGGGAGUGGGAGUCGGACUGGUACGUGGAUGAGAAUUUUGGAGGGGAGCCCACUGAGAAAGGGGGGUGGACAUAUGCCAUCGACUUCCCUGCCUCAUACACACGAGACAAGAAGUGGAAUUCUUGUGUGCGGCGCCGGAGAUGGAUCCGGUACAGGAGAUACAAGUCCCGGGACACCUGGGCCAAGAUCCCUUCAAAGGAUGACCCCAAGCAACUGCCUGACCCCUUCAGUGAUCUCUCUGUUGGGGGGUGGGAGAUCACAGAUGGGCCUGUGGGCCACCUGUCCGUGUGGGCCGUAUCCCUGCAGGGAGAGGUGUGGUACAGAGAGGAUGUCAACCAUCCGAACCCCGAAGGCUCAUCGUGGUCCCUUGUGGACACCCCGGGGGAGGCUGUCCAGAUCAGCUGUGGGCCCCACGACCUCCUGUGGGUGACGCUCUGGGAGGGGCAGGCCUUGGUCCGGGAAGGAAUCAACAGAAGUAACCCCAAAGGUGGGCAGCCCUACCCCUGUGCCCCGAGACGCGAGGGUGCCGGCUCCUCCCCAGCACCCCCUGAUGCGGCCGCCGGCGCUCUCUCCUGGGGCUCGGCAGGAAGCCGCUGGUCCGCCGUGGAGCCUCCCUCGUCUGAGAACGCGAUCCUGCACGUGUCCGUGGGGGUUGGUGUGGUCUGGGCCGUCACCAAGGACCAGAAAGUAUGGUUCCGGAGAGGCGUCAACUCUCACAAUCCUUGUGGCACUGGCUGGAUCGAGAUGGUUGGAGAGAUGAUGAUGGUGAGCGUGGGGCUGAAUGACCAGGUCUGGGGCAUUGGCUGUGAGGACCGGGCCGUGUACUUCCGUCAGGGCGUCACCCCGAGCGAGCUCAGUGGGAAGACAUGGAGGGCCAUCAUCGCCAGCCGGGAGUGUGACCGGUCGCACUCCGGCAGCUCAUCGAGCCUCCUCAGUGCUGGCUGCUUCUUCGGUGAAGAGGUGAGGGGCAGUGGUGAGUCCAGUGUGCCCAGUGAUAUGGAUGCCUCCUCGGAAGCUGAGAGACCAGGGCCUGGCCCACCUGACCCUGCCAAGUCUUUGGACAGUCCCAGGAACCCCAAGGCUUGCUUAGCCUCGGGCCUAGAUACCCCCAGGACUGCAGAAUGUGCCCUGGGGGUUGUCCACCCAGCCACCGAGACCCUCAGGCCUGAGCUUCGCCCUGGCCUGGCCUCCACCCCAGCCGAGCUGCCCUGGACCAAUAUUGACCUGAAGGAGCCCAAGAAAGUGCCUGGCCCCUUGGCCGCUGGCUUUCCUGAGAGCACAGGCCUCUCCUCGCUAGCACUGCUCCCGCUGGGCUUGGAGGAGGCCUACAGUGCCGACGACCACCCACCGUGGGCCUGGGUGUCAGGAGGAGGCUGUGCCGUGGAGGCCCACACUGCGCUCAAGUGGUUCACCGUCCAGUCAGGCCUGUCCCCCUCGCUGCAGACGUUCUCCUUGUCCAUCACACCGGCCCAGACUGCCGCUUGGAGGAAGCAGAUCUUCCAGCAGCUCACGGAGAGGACCAAGCGGGAGCUGGAGAACUUCCGGCACUACGAGCAGGCCGUGGAGCAGUCUGUGUGGGUGAAGACAGGGACCCUGCAGUGGUGGUGCGACUGGAAGCCCCACAAGUGGGUGGACGUCCGUGUGGCCCUGGAGCAGUUCACAGGGCAUGACGGGGUUCGGGACAGCAUCCUCUUCAUCUACUAUGUGGUCCAUGAGGAGAAGAAGUACAUCCACGUGUUCCUCAACGAGGUGACGGUGCUGGUCCCCGUGCUCAAUGAGGCCAAGCACUCCUUUGCCCUCUACACCCCCGAGAGGACCCGGCAGAGGUGGCCUGUGCGUCUGGCUGCUGCCACCGAGCAGGACAUGAAUGACUGGCUUGCUCUGCUCAGCCUGUCCUGCUGCGAGAACCGGAGGGUGCAUGGCCGCCCCUCCCCACAGGCCAUCUGGUCUGUCACCUGCAAGGGGGACAUCUUCGUGAGUGAGCCCAGUCUGGACCUGGAGGCACCUGAGCACCCACUACCCUGUGACCAGAUGUUCUGGCGGCAGAUGGGAGGCCACUUGCGGGUGGUGGAGGCCAACGGCCGGGGCGUGGUGUGGGGCAUUGGCUACGACCACACGGCCUGGGUGUACACUGGCGGCUACGGUGGAGGCUGCUUCCAAGGCCUAGCCAGCAGUGCUGGUAACAUCUACACACAGUCGGAUGUGAAGUGUGUCUACAUCUACGAGAACCAGCGCUGGAACCCCGUCACAGGCUACACCAGUAGGGGUCUGCCCACUGACCGGUACAUGUGGAGUGAUGCCACAGGGCUGCAGGAAUGCACAAAGGCCAGCACGAAGCCGCCGUCCCUGCAGUGGACCUGGGUGUCUGACUGGUCCGUGGAUUUCAGCGUUCCUGGGGGCACUGACCAGGAGGGGUGGCAGUAUGCCAGUGACUUCCCUGCCUCAUACCACGGAUACAAAACCAUGAAGGAUUUUGUCAGGAGAAGGUGCUGGGCCAGAAAAUGCAAGCUGAUGACCAGUGGGCCCUGGCUGGAGGUGGCCCCAAUCGCCCUUGGGGACGUGUCCAUCAUCCCUGAGAGCCUGGGCACUGACGCGAGUGGGCCCAGUAUCGCACUCUGGGCCAUCAGCGACAAGGGGGACGUGCUGUGCCGCCUGGGUGUGACCGAACUCAACCCUGCAGGUUCCUCCUGGCUGCACGUGGGCACUGACCAACCCUUCGUGUCCAUCUCCAUCGGCGCCUGCUGCCAGGUGUGGGCCGUGGCACGCGAUGGCUCUGCCUUCUACCGUGGCUCUGUGUCCCCCACCCGGCCGGCUGGUGACUGCUGGUACCACAUCCCGUCCCCUCCCAAACAGAGGCUGACGCAGGUGUCUGUGGGGCAGACGUCAGUGUAUGCCCUGGACGAAAACGGGAACCUGUGGUACCGCCAGGGGGUCACGCCCAGCUACCCACAGGGCUCCAGCUGGGAGCACGUGUCCAACAACGUGCGCCGAGUGUCUGUGGGGCCCCUGGACCAGGUCUGGAAACCCGGGGGUGGGACUUUGGGGUGCUCUGGGUUUCCUCUCUGGUCUCCCCACUGCUGUCCCCACAGCCCCACAGGAGCCAGAGGUGGGCCUGCAACGGGUCUGUUUCCAGGUCUGGGUCAUCGCCAACAAAGUCCAGGGGAGCCGCAGCCUGAGCCGGGGAACCGUGUGUCGUCGCACAGGCGUGCAGCCCCACGAGCCCAAGGGCCAGGGCUGGGACUACGGCAUUGGGGGGGGCUGGGAUCACAUCUCUGUCCGGGCCAAUGCCACCAGAGCCCCUAGGAGCACGUCCCAGGAGACAGCUGUUGGGCCGAGUGGGAAGCAGGGCCUCCCUAGCUGGCCCUCGAGAGUGGCUGGUGCCCUGCAAGAGGCCUGUGGCCCCGUCUCCUGCUGAAGCUGAGGCCUCCUCUCACCUGGAAGCAAGCGUGGUGUCCGGUUUGAAGAAGCAAGGUUGACCCGUGAGCCUUCCUGUCGUUGUGUCAUGAGCCGUUCUGUGUGUGGGGCCUGGGAGUGCUGUGGGCCAGGCCAAGACUCAAGACUAGAGAGGGAAGCUGGCUUGAGGUCCCAGCCACCUCAGAGGCACUGGCUGGAGCAGCCCAGAAAUGUGCAGCUUUAUGGACAAUCCUGUACGUGGGCCGUCUACGAGGAGGUCGUGGGGUGUGGGGUCCCUUCCCUCAGCCCUCUGCCUUCCAGGACAGGAGCCUGGGGCCUGCAGUCUUCCAGGAUGCUGCCCCCAGGGACACAGAGCCCACGCGAGCCCCCUGAACCCUUAGCUUCACUGCACAGCAUUGAAGCCCUGCCCCACAAAGAAAGGUAGCCUUAAGGGUCAAGGCCACUUUGCCCCAUUCUGUGAUAAUUUCUCAGAGCAGGACUCACAAAUAGGGUUUAAUCUUAAAGGCUAAGGGGCAGGUACAUGUGGGGGAGGGACAUCACCCUCCCCUGGGGGGCACGGCGCUCCUGCAGUGGGCAGACAGGCUGCCCAGUGGCUGGGGGAAGCUGGCCCGUUGCAGAGUCACCCGCCCUUCCUCCAACGGGCUUGGGGGAUGGGGGCGUCUCAUGUCUGACCAAGUUUUGGGGUUGUCGUGGGGCAUGCAGGCUGCAGCCCCAAAGCCGUCCACCCCUGGGAGCCAGAGCCCUGCCCACAGGGUCAGGGUGAAAGCACCCCCUGCUGGGCAGCUGCUCAGCAGCUUUUUCUCUGGUUCUGGCCCCAUGUGGGGAAGUCCGAGGUCUGCAUCCCACACCAUCACCCAGGAGGUCGUCAGGGCCCAUGCCCAUCUCUGCUUGUUCAGAGGUACAGCAGAUGGACCCAGCUUCCCCAGAUCCCUGCCAGGAGGGCCGGCUGUGUGCUGGAUCUGUUUCACUGUGCGGAGUUUAUUGCCCAGAGGCUGAUGUCUCCUGGGGCAUCUCCUCGGUGGGGCAUUUGAGGGAGCCACUGGUCUGUGCGUUUGUGUCUUUGGGCGGUGACCAGGACAGUGGCUGGGGUGAUGCUCUCCUGUCAGUUCACACCUUGUCCUCAAGGUUCUCUGAAGGGGCAGCCACCUGUCACUCUGCUGGGACUCACUGUCUGUAGCUGGCGUCACCUGGCCUUCCCUUUGCUGAGCACCAGCUGUUGACCUGCUCAGCGCCAUCAAACCAUCUCAUUCCUUGGCUGCUUUACUCAAUGAAAACCUACACCAGAGUGUAAAUGGCUUGCUAUGUUUUAUUGCUACAUUAUGAUUAAAAUGCACAUUCCCCUA